AUGUCCGCGCCCUGGGCCUCGGACGAGACCACGGAUUUACCCCCGCCCCCGCCCGGGUUCGAAGACGUCCGCGCGGGCGCGCACGGCGACGCCGUGGACGCGAUCGCGGAUUCACUGCGACGAACCACCGACGUGGGCGCGCGCGCUGGGGUGGUCGACGCCCCGGAUCUCGCGCUCAAGAGCGAUGGCUUGCGGGAAGAACACGCGGGGGAGGUGCGGAAGACGAUCGUCGAUCCGUCCACGCCGUACUCGAGCGCGAAGACGUUCGAGGAUCUGGGCCUGAGCGCGGAGCUCCUGCGGGGGUUGUACGGGGAGAUGAAGUUUGAAAAGCCGUCGAAGAUUCAGGCGGAGACGCUGCCGUUGAUCCUGAUGCCGCCGCAUAGGAAUUUGAUCGCGCAGGCGCAUAACGGGAGUGGGAAGACGACGUGCUUUACGUUGGGGAUGCUGAGCCGGAUUGAUCCGGCGGUGAAGACGCCGCAGGGGUUGAUGAUUUGCCCGACGCGCGAGCUGGUGGUGCAAAACGUGAGCGUGAUGGAACGCAUGGGGAAGUACACCGGGAUAACGAUCGCGAGCACGGCGGAUCCGAAGUGGGAUAACACGAAUCGUAACAAGAUUGUGGAUCAGGCGGUGAUCGGGACGCCGGGGAAAAUUUUGCGCUGGAUGCGAGAGCGACAACUGGCGUGUAACAACAUGAAGAUCCUCGUCUUCGACGAAGCGGAUCACAUGAUGGCCACCGAUGGGCAUCGCGUUGAUAGCACGAAGAUCUUGAAGCAUCUUUCCAUGAGCGCCAAGGCGUGGCAGGUCUUGCUCUUUAGCGCCACGUUUAACGAGGCGGUGAAGAGCUUUGCGACGAAAGUCGUGCCCAACGCAAACCAAAUCUUCAUCCCGGCCACCGAGCUUUCGCUCGAUGUCAUCAAGCAGCAUCGCGUCGUGGUGAACUCCGUGGACGCCAAAGACGUGUUGCUCAAGGAGAAGAUCUUCCCGUUGUGCGAUAAGAUUGGUCAAACCAUCAUUUUCGUUCGCACGCGCGAGGGCGCGCGCAGACUCCACGCGUCGAUGAACGCAAGCGGAUACAAGUGCACUGUCAUCGAGGGACAGAUGGAACAUAGCGAUCGCGACCGAGUCGUGAAAGAGUUCCGUGACGGCUUGACCAAAAUUCUCAUCGCCACCGACGUGCUCUCCAGAGGUUUGGACGUGAGCACGGUGACGCUCGUGAUCAACUACGACAUGCCCGUGGAGUUCCAUAACCCGCGCUCGCCAAAUUACGAGACAUACCUUCACCGCAUCGGUCGCAGCGGGCGCUUCGGUAAAAAGGGCGCAGCGUUCAACCUCAUCCUGGGCGACUCUGAACGCGCGAUUUGCGAUCAGAUUGAGUUACACUUCAAUCACAAGAUUCCCGAGGUGCACUUCAACGACGACGUGACAUUUGAAAAAGUGUUGGAAGACGCCGGCCUGAUGUCCAAGGAAGAGGCUCUUUAG